CUGAUAUGAUAGGUGAUGAAGGGCCGCGCCGCACAGAGCCAGACGAGGACUUGGAACUAGCGGGUCAGCAUGCCUUCCUUCUCCAGGGGCGUCCUUUUCCUCCUCGUCUUCCUGAUCGCUGCGUUGCCUCUGUACUGCUCAGCCACCCUGGAUGCGGAGGAGCGGCAGAAAGAACAAGAUGAGCGUGAUGCAAUAACGGAGGAUGCAAGGAAGGCUGACAUGGCACCAGAGCCGCCUCAGGACCUGGAGGUUAUUGUUCUGUCAGACAGCGUCGUGCUGUUGACGUGGGGUGAGCCUUCCGAUACGACUGAUCUCGAUCAUUACUACGUGUAUGUUGAGGAGAUGGAGGACAUGCAUGACUCAUCUACCCAGAUAUACUACCAGUGGAUGGGUCUCGAGGCCUGCACGAGCUACACGUUCGGCGUCCGCAGCGUGUCAACCGUGGGAGACAUGAGUGACCCAGUACUCGGCGACGGACGCACUGAUGUCGGGCGUCCUCCGCCCCCACAAAACCUGCAAGGUGAGAGCGAGUCUAGCACCUCCAUGACGCUGACGUGGGACAAGCCUGAGACGCUGUGUGACAUCGAGUAUUACCGAGUGAAGUGGAGCUUGGAUGGUGUCGAUACUCAGAGCACGCAGGUGACCGUGACUUCCCACACUGUGUCAGAGCUGUUGCCAAAUACGACUUACAUCUUGAGUGUUUCAGCCAUUACCUCUGUAGGAGAAGGAGAUCCCGCCACCAUCCAGGAGACCACCACGGCCGAGGACGAGAGCGGCCCACCUGUGGAUCUCGUGGCAGUGGGCAUCAGCACGUCCGCCAUUAACUCGAGCUGGUCACCACCACCCUACAACCCGCCCCAGUACUACACGGUACAGGCUCUACCGUGUGAUUACUCGGUAGAAAAAGUAUUCGGACUGUCGUACCUACUCACAGGCCUUGACCCCUGCGAUAGCUGCACCAUCGUCGUCACCUCCAUAUACGACAGCGGCCUCGAGUUCACGGCAUCCACCAUCGGCAAAACCCUUGGUGGCGAUCCCCCGCCGCCCAAGAGUUGCUCCGUUGAGGUGCAGGAUGGUUAUCCCACCGUGAGUUGGGUGGCACCUGACAGUAAUUGUGCCUUGGGAAAAUACAACGUGCUGUGGACGAGCACAAAGCUGUGGGGAGAUGGAGAGGAAGACAGGGGGAGCGUGAAUACAUCAUUGACACAAUACCGUAUCACGGAACCAGUCCCCUACAGCGACUAUGGUUUUGAGAUCUCCGCCUCCAUUGACGGCGACUUCGGCAGCCCCACCUUCUGCAGCGGCACGUCCAAUGAGGCACUCCCGGGCCCGCCGGUGAUCCUGAGCGUGGCAUCGGAGCAGGGCGCGGCGGUGGUCACCUGGGAGACUCCCGCCGAGGAAAAUGGAAUCAUCGUGAAGUACGGGAUAUUUGUUGAUGGAGAAAUAGAUCCACGGACGCAGGUGGCCGGGGAUGAGCACAGUGCCCGCGUGGAGGACCUGGAGCCGUGCGUGAGUGUUGGCCUCACUGUGAAGGCCCUCAACGGCGCGGGUUGGGGCUCAAGCUCUGAGGUGAAGUACGCGACCGUCGAUGGCGAUGUUUUGCCAGAAGAGGUAACCUGCACUGCCGAUGAUCUUGGGGUGGAGGUGUGUUGGUUGCCUUAUUCCGUCUCCUGCACAGCAGUGUCGCAAUACAACCUGAAGUGGGAGGGUGAUGUGCUCUGGUCAGAUGACCUUGUAGAUUCAAACAGCACGACGAUGGAUUGGACCAAAGACGAAGCCUGUUACAACAUAUCCGCUCUUCCCUACACCAAGUACUCCGUUGAGCUCACCAUGGGCAGUGGCGACGAAGCUGUAAAGUGCUCCGCUGUUACUCCCAUGGCAGCUCCCGGACCGCCUACUGAAGUGAAUGUUACAACAGAGGAUUUAGUAAUUACUGUGACCUGGUCUGAACCUGAGAAGAAAAACGGCAUCAUUGACAUUUAUCAAGUCACAUGGGAGGACUCGGCUGGUGGCUUUCUAUCCCGCACGACAGAAGACAACAGCACUUUCUCCUCAGAGAUUCAGGAAGCCUCCUGUGGCGUAACGGUGGACGUGACGGUGAUGGCAAAAGUAGUGGACGUGGCUGAUUUAGGAGAUGCAUCCCCGCCAGUAACAGCAUUUCUCGUUAACUCGGUCAAAACGUUGAACUGCGAGUCCUCGAAGCCUGGCCAGGUAUCACUCAGCUGGACCCUCGAGGACGCGGAAUGCCCGGUCGAAUUCUACAACCUCACGUGGACCUACGAUUCGCUCUGGUCUGAUGACGCAGGAGAAGGCUGGCAGAACGUCGGGAAGAAUGACAUCUCCACCACGGUGACGUCGCUGCCGCCCUACUCGAGUGUCUCUCUUCAGAUCCACGUCGACAACAAUCCGGAGCACACUGACUGCAGCACCACCACUCCCGAGGAAGCUCCCGGACCGCCUACUGCAGUGAAUGUUACAACAGAGGGUUUAGUAAUUACUGUGACCUGGUCUGAACCAGAGCAGAAAAACGGCAUCAUUGCCCUCUAUCAAGUCGAAUGGGAAGACUCGAAUAAUGGCAAGGGAUCCCUCAUGACAGAAGACAACAGCACUUUCUCCUCAGAAAUUCAAGGAGACUCGUGUGACUUAACGGUGGACGUGACGGUGAGGGCGAAAGUGGUGACCGUGGCUGAGUUAGGAGAUGCAUCCCCGCCAGUGACAGCAUAUCUCGUUAACUCGGUCAAAACGUUGAACUGUAAGUCCUCCGAGCCUGGCCAGGUAUCACUCAGCUGGACCCUCGAGGACGCGGGAUGCCCGAUCGGAUCCUACAACCUCACGUGGACCUACGAUUCUCUCUGGUCUGAUGACGCAGGAAAAGGCUGGCAGGAGUUCGGGAAGGAUGACACCUCCGCCACGGUGUCGUCGCUGCCCGCCUACUCGAAUGUCUUUCUUCAGAUCCACGUCGACAACAACCCGGAGCACACUGACUGCAGCGCCACCACCCCCGAGGAAGCCUCCAGCAAGCCAACGUCAGUCGAACAGAUAGCGAACAGCACCUCUUCCGUAACGGUGGCGUGGGGCCUACCGCUGUCCAUUCGUGGGAUACUUAACGGGUGGCGCCUCAGAUGGAAAGCAAUGAACGGGGAUAUAAUCGACGAAGCCGUCACUAACCCAGAAGAUAUGACGUAUGAGAUCACUAAACUGUCUUCCUCCACUUCUUACGUCGUGUAUGUCAUGGCUAUUAACGGUGCGGGGGAUGGCGAGGCGGAGAAGACAGACGUGACCACGGCCAACAUUAGCAACCGUUCACCCUCCAAUACGGGCCUCAUUAUCGGGCUGUCGGUGGGAGGUGGAAUAUUGCUGAUAAUUCUUUUGGUCGGUGGUUUUAUUCUGUACAGGAAAAAAGGUUCGUCAGAGGAUCUUAAACCUGCCUUCAGCCUGCCCGAGGUUGCCGAUGGCGAUAGUGAUGAGUUGUACAGAAGGCAGCACCACAGCUCGGCCAACCACCAUUUCCAGAACAAGAGUGGAAGCAUCGACUUCGGGACAAACAGCGAGUUGUACACGAACCCGCGACCUUCACUGUCAAAGCACGAAUUGGGUGCUGGUAAUGGAAUCCCUUCUGCUUAUGACAGGGGACAGAUGUCCGGCGCCCCGCCAAGCAGACGCUUCUCACAGCAGGUGGCCACUAGUCUGCCCCGGAUGGGAGCGUACAACAGGAGACCAUCCCAGCAGGUGAACAGCAGGAUGAGGAACUACGAGGAGUACAACAGGCGUCCCUCUCAGCAGGACAUGAUCGGCAGGCCAUCUCUCAGUGGUGGCCCCGGCAGGCCCCCCUUAGGGGAAUAUGGUAGGCGCCCAUCACAGCAGAUAGACGUAGGUAGACCCAAUAUGAAAGAGUAUGGCAGGCGUCCCUCUCAGCAGGCAGACAUUGGCAGGCCCAUAUCGGGUGAGUUUGCAAGGAGGCCAUCCCAACAGGUACCAGCAGUUGGUGGGUCAUUUCCCACUCGCCUUCCUCAGCAUGGGCCUUCAAGAAGGUCCACUGAUGACCUUUACAGCAGACGACCCUCACAGGAGGCAGACCCUGCCAGGCCCGGGGACAGGAUGCUCAUGAAGCGGCCGUCGCAACAAUUUGUUAUGAGCUUUGAAGGAAUACAAGAACUGUGAUCAUUCAGCCGAGGUCGGGUAAAAAAGGCAUCAGGACGAGGAUGGGCAAGAAUGAGGCAUUCUUUCUCUCCCUAAUUUUUUCUAUCCACUUAAAGUUACUCUCUCUCUCUCUCUCUCUCUCUCUCUCUCUCUCUCUCUCUCUCUCUCUCUCUCUCUCUCUCUCUCUCUCUCUCUCUCUCUCUC